AUGGCGACACAAUAUGGUGCCACUCUCCUCCAGCGAGAUUUCCUCGAAGCACUCUUAUCUCGCCAUUGUCGUCACUCUCCGGCAGUAUCGAAAACAUUGGAUCUCAUCGAAAGAUAUGGUAUUAGGCAUUUGUGCAGCGUCCUUCCCCUGGAUGAUCCAAUAUGGUUCCAGCAGACGUUACCCACGAUCGCAGAUACCGGCGCUCUAUUCAAGGAACACGCUAUUUCACUAGUUUGUCGUGCUGCAAAGGGUGCUAUUACAGAAUGGGGCGGUUCUAUGUACGACAUAACUCAUGUUGUAGCUGUGACAUGUACGAAUACUGCAAACCCGGGGUUUGACAUCACCUUAUGUAGCACGCUUGGCCUUCGUCCCACAGUCCACCGCACUCUACUACAUGGUCUUGGCUGCGCCGGUGGAGUUUCAGCUUUGCGCAUGGCUCAUGAUCUUCUCGCAGGAGCGGCUCUUCAGGGGCUGCCGGCGCGAGCUCUUGUUGUUUCGUGCGACUUGCCGACACUUUUUGCUCGUGCAGAGCUCCACCGUAUUGAUGUGGACCAGGAAGUGGGAUUUGGACUGUCCCGAUUCAGCGACGGUGCGUCUGCGUUAGUGCUCACUAACUGGAUAGGCACCAAAGUACUCGAAAGAGGCCCCAUCUGGGAUUUACUUGGGUUUCGAAGCGUGAUAGUCAAUGGGUCUGAGGGUUACAGCGAGCUUAACGUUGGACCUUUUGGGUUUACACCGAUUAUAUCGACGUUUAUCCCUAGACUCGACUCUUCUGAGUUGUUUCUCAAUUUCACGGCUCUCAUCAACUCAACUCCAAGCCUUCGCUCUGAUCUCACUCGUGGCUUGCCGAACUCGUACAACUGGGCUUCAGAUUUCCCAGGCCGUUCUUCCUUGAACUUUGCUCAAGAAGCACUAGAUCUUCGAAAGUCUAACCUGUCCCAUAGUCACGCAGUCUACAGGUCUAGGGGGAGUACGAUUUCCUCCACUGUUUUCAACAUACUCGAUUAUAUGAGGCAUCACGGGAAUGGCAGUGAUCAUAGUGCAAAUGGAAGAGAUAAAGUCAUAGCGUUGGCAAUUGGACCUGGAGUUAUAUUGGAGAUGGCAGUCCUGCACAAACUCUCCACAGAGAACCUGAGGUAUGCGGCACUCUGGUGCGAGUGA